AUGGCGGACCCAGUGGCAGGCAUCGCGGGCUCAGCGGCCAAGAGCGUGCGGCCGUUCCGCUCAAGUGAGGCCUAUGUGGAGGCCAUGAAAGAAGACUUGGCCGAAUGGCUCAAUGCCUUGUAUGACCUGGGUCUGCCUGGCAGUGGUGAUGGCUUCCUGACAGGGCUGGCCACAGGCACAACCCUGUGCCGACACGCAAAUGCUGUCACUGACGCUGCCCGAGCCUUGGCUGCCGCCCGCCCAACCCGAGGUGUGGCUUUUCAGGCACACAGCGUGGCACCUGGCUCCUUCAUGGCCCGGGACAAUGUAGCCACCUUCAUCGGCUGGUGCCGCACAGAGCUGGGCGUGCCUGAGGUGCUCAUGUUUGAGACCGAGGACCUGGUGCUGCGCAAGAAUGAGAAGAGUGUGGUGCUGUGCCUACUGGAGGUGGCACGACGUGGGGCCCGCCUGGGCCUGCUUGCGCCCCGCCUUGUACAGUUUGAGCAGGAGAUUGAGCAGGAGCUACACGCUGCACCCCCAGUCCCCCAUGUCCCCCGUGCUGUGGAGGAAGGCACUGAAACUACCACUGCACCAGCGGCUCCUGCCCGUGGACCCCGAAUGACACCCAGCGACCUGCGAAACCUUGAUGAGCUGGUGAGGGAGAUCCUGGGCUGCUGCACCUGUCCAGACCAGUUCCCCAUGAUCAAGGUCUCGGAGGGGAAAUACCGAGUGGGAGACUCCAGCCUGCUCAUCUUCGUGCGGGUGCUGAGGAGCCAUGUGAUGGUGCGUGUGGGUGGCGGCUGGGACACACUGGAACACUACCUGGACAAGCAUGACCCUUGCCGCUGUUCCUCCACUGCCCACCGCCCAUCCCAGCCAAGGGCCAGAACCUUCUCCCCGCAGAGGGUAUCGCCUACCCCCAGCCCCCGCCCUGGCAGCCCAGUUCCAGGAAGUGAGCACCGGGGCUCUCGGCAGGAAGUGACUCCCAUUAGUUUACGAAGCACAAAGGAGGGGCCUGAGACCCCGCACAGGCCCCGGGAUCAGCUGCCCCCUCUUCCCCGCUCCCGCCGCUACUCCGGGGAUAGUGACUCCUCAGCUUCCUCAGCCCAGAGCGGGCCUCUUGGUGCCCGCAGUGAUGAUUCAGGCACUGGUACCCGGAGGGAGCGGCCCAGCCAGCGGCUGACCACGGCCUCCCCAAGACGACCACCUCCCCCUCGCAGCCAGUCCAGAGAUCGGCUAGAUCGGGGCCGGCCCCGAGCAGCUCAAGGAAGCAGAGGGGCCCAGCCGUCUGCCCCUAGCCCCACCCGGCGGGCCCGCAGCCAGAGCCGUGAGGAGCAGGCUGUACUGCUGGUGCGCAGGGACCGAGAUGGGCAACACUCAUGGAUGCCCAGGGGAAAGGGUGGUGGAGGCUCAGCCAGGAGCACCCCCCAGGCUUCCCGAGCCUGCAGCCCUGCAGCAAGGAGGCCUCCCCGGAUCUCCAGCCCCGAGCCAGAGCUGGGAGCCACACCAGCCAGUGCAUUCCGCACUCCCCUGCAGCUUGACCCACAACAAGAGCAACAGCUGUUCCGUCGCCUAGAAGAAGAAUUCCUGGCCAAUGCCUGUGCCCUUGAGGCAGCUGCCAGCCAAACCCCUGGACUAGCCCCUGACCUGGCUCGAGCUCCAGAUCCUCCAGCUCCUGACUCAGCCUACUGUUCUUCCAGUUCCUCUUCCUCUUCCCUCAGUAUCCUGGGUGGCAAGUGUGGCCAACCUGGGGACUCUGGCCGGACAGCCAAUGGGCUGCCCGGGCCCCGAAGCCAAGCCCUGUCCAGCUCUUCUGAUGAAGGCAGCCCCUGUCUUGGCAUGGGGGUGUCAUUAGAUGCACCUGGGAACCCUUUGGCUGGCCUAGAACCCUCACAGAGCUGGGCGCGGGGUCGAAUGGACACACAGCCAGAUGGUAAACCCUCACGCAUCCCCACACCACGAGGCCCACGCCGCCCAUCUGAACCCACACAGCUCGGGGCCUGGCAUGCUCUGCACUCGGUCACCUCAAGGGCCAAGCCAGAUUCCUAAUGUGAUGGACCAGCCUAGCUGUUCCCAGAUCCCUUUUCCUUUGUGGCCUUAACCUACCCUCCGCAUCAGGGAGCCCCCUCCACUCUGGAGUACCAGACCUCAUGGGACCAGACCCCUUGGGACCACAUGGCACAAUGGGACCUCUGUUGUACAUUCCAGUUGGGGAAUGAGUGUUGCUAUUUAAUUACUAAUAUUAUUGAAUGCCUUAGAGGAGGCCGGGCAAGCCCGGUGUCCUGAGGACCUGUGGUCCAGCAAAGCUUCUGACAGUAAAGUUUUGCUCCAGC